GCUCAUUUGGGUACCAGUCCCGUCUUGGGCUCCCUGCAUCCCAAACACGAGAGCUGAGACUGACACCAGCAACAUCCCUGCGCAAGCUGCCGGCACUCGCCCCUCAGGCUGCAGGGACCCUGUGAAACACUCCAAUCCUCUGCUUUCAAUUUAUUGCUAGCGUAUUUCAACUGUUCUGGAAAGAAAAAAAAAAAUAGCAAACGGUCGAAAGGAACAUUAUCUGAUCAGAACCCAUGGCGGACCCCAAGUCAGUCUGUGUGUCGGUGGACGAAGUGGUCUCGAAUGGGAUAGCUGCCCAACAUGCCCCCAUGUUUCAGAUGCACUUAAAGAAAGUGGAGAACGGGGUGACGGAGGCCCACCGCUUCUCCUACUUGCCACGGCGGCUUUCAGUCACUAUUGAGUUCAAGGACCUCUCAUACUCUGUCUCUGAGGGCCCAUGGUGGAGGAAGAAGGGUUACAAGACUUUACUGAAGGGCAUCUCAGGCAAAUUUAGCAGUGGAGAGCUCAUAGCUAUCUUGGGUCCUUCGGGAGCUGGGAAGUCAACGCUCAUGAAUAUUCUGGCAGGUUACAGAGAAACUGGAAUGAAAGGCGAGCUCCUGAUCAAUGGACACCCUCGCGACCUUCGAUCCUUCCGGAAAGUAUCAUGUUACAUCAUGCAGGAUGACAUGCUGCUCCCUCACCUCACUGUCCAGGAGGCAAUGAUGGUCUCAGCUAACCUGAAGCUCCAGGAGAAAGACGAAGGUCGAAAAGAAAUGGUGAAGGAGAUUCUAACGGCUCUCAAUCUGCUGGAAUGUGCUAACACUCGGACUGGCAGUCUCUCUGGAGGCCAGCGCAAGCGUCUUGCCAUUGCCCUCGAGCUGGUGAACAACCCUCCUGUCAUGUUUUUUGAUGAGCCUACCAGUGGCCUGGACAGUUCAUCCUGCUUCCAGGUAGUUUCUCAGAUGAAGUCCUUGGCUCAGGGUGGGAGAACUGUCAUCUGCACCAUUCACCAGCCCAGUGCCAAACUUUUUGAGCUGUUUGACAAGCUCUACGUCCUAAGUCAGGGGCAGUGCAUCUACCGUGGAAAUGUUUGUGGUCUUGUCCCAUAUCUCAAGGAGAUUGGCCUGCACUGUCCAACCUACCACAACCCUGCUGACUUUGUGAUGGAGAUCGCAUCCGGUGAGUAUGGGGAGCAGAACCCCAGACUGGUGAAAGCAGUGCAGGAUGGGAAGUGCGAUACUGACUGCAAACCACACGAAAAUGAAGACAAGGAUCUGAACCCUUUCCUCUGGCAUAGGCCAUCAGUUGAGGAUCCCUCUCCCUCCGAAGGUUGCCAUAGUUUCUCUGCCAGCUGCCUGACCCAAUUCUGCAUUCUCUUCAAAAGGACCUUUCUCAGCAUCAUGAGAGACUCGGUUCUGACUCACCUCCGCAUCACGUCGCAUAUUGGGAUUGGGUUGCUGAUAGGUUUGCUGUACCUGGGCAUUGGGAACGAGGCAAAGAAGGUCCUGAGCAACUCUGGCUUCCUCUUCUUCUCCAUGCUCUUCCUGAUGUUCGCAGCACUCAUGCCAACUGUCCUUACCUUUCCACUGGAAAUGGGAGUAUUCCUUCGGGAGCACCUAAACUACUGGUACAGCUUAAAGGCCUACUAUUUGGCUAAGACAAUGGCGGAUGUCCCCUUCCAGGUAAUGUUUCCUGUAGCCUACUGCAGUAUCGUAUACUGGAUGACAUCACAACCGUGCGAUGCUCUUCGCUUCAUUCUAUUUGCAGCUUUGGGAACGAUGACAUCACUGGUGGCACAAUCUUUGGGUCUCCUGAUAGGAGCAGCAUCCACGUCCCUCCAGGUGGCAACAUUUGUAGGUCCAGUCACUGCCAUUCCGGUGCUGCUGUUUUCCGGUUUCUUUGUCAGUUUUGACACUAUUCCCAAGUACCUCCAGUGGAUGUCGUACAUAUCUUAUGUCAGAUAUGGCUUUGAAGGGGUCAUCCUGUCCAUCUAUGGUCUUGACCGUGAAGAUCUCCACUGCGAGAAAGAUGAAACAUGCCACUUCCAGAAGUCACAGGCCAUUUUGAAAGAGCUCGACGUAGAACACGGCAAACUCUACCUGGACUUCAUCGUCCUCGGGAUCUUCUUUGUCUCCCUGCGCCUCAUAGCCUAUUUUGUAUUAAGGUAUAAGAUCCGGGCUGAGAGGUAAACCAGGCUGAUGUCAUUGGACACGGAUAUUGAGCAGUUCAGGUUGUCUCACUGCAGUAACACUUGCACCUCAGGGAAACUCCACCGUAGAAUUAAAAUGGCUAAACCCCCUCUGGUACUGAGCAUUCGACAGAUCCCGGUUUUGGGUCUGGUUACCUGAUCAUUUCCGCAGUCAAAUAACAGAAAAAAGAAUCCACUCUGAUGGCCAAAGUCCUGCUUUCAACUGUUUGAUUUUGACAUUGUGCCAAAUGUUCUCGGCACACGGCAUGCUCUGGCAGUUGGCCCUUCAGUCACAUGAGGGCAGCACAGCCUCAUGAGAGCACCCAACAGUAUUAGUAUACAUUUCUGGAGGUCGAGAGCAAAAUUGUCUAUCUUUUGUUGUUUUGUCAGGGUAAAAUUUGAGUUC